AUGCGCUACGAAUUCUUCCGCAACAAGAACUCCAGCGACGAUGACUUCACUCUCAUCACUGAGCUCUACAAGCGUGUCAUGUCGGAGGACAAGUACCUCUGCGCCAAUGCCCAGAAGAACGUCAACGCCGGUGUCUUUAUCAACGGCGAGAUGCACCCCGAGAUGGAGCAGGGCCCUCUCUUCUUCCAGCAGAGCGUCCGCUCCCUUCUCCAAGAGCACCACAAGAAGGAGCAAGAGGCUGGCAAGGAGAUCUGGCCCGCCCAGCAGGAGGUUCCCACAACAAUCAUCAGCACCAAGACCAACGGCCAAACAAACUACUCGUCUGGAAUCGACUUGAGAGCAGCUAAGAAGUUCAUUGUUGUCUAA